GCACGCGUCUCCUUUUCUCGACACGCUACAUUUCUGUUUCCUGCUUGUUCUAGUACUUUCCAUGUAUUGCCACCCUCAGAAUGCAGCUGCUGAAUACGUCUGCCUUCUUGCGCUGUUUACGAAUACGCAAGCUCUUUCAUAAGCCCCCCUUCGGGCAUUAGCCUUUCCUUACCCACCACUGCUCCAGCUCCGACGACAUUCAUUGUCACAACACCCACCUCGCGCCUCCACAAUCUAAAUAGUCUUUCAGAAUCUUUCUUGCUACUUACCAUCACUGCGAUUUUACCAAUACCGACUGCAACUAUCAUUGGCUUGACAUUAUGGAGCUUACAUUCUUGACAGACCUCGGUCAAUCGUUCGUCGUAGAGAUCGACCCAAACAUGGAGCUGGAGAAUGUUAUGGCGCUCCUGGAGGCUGAGUCAGGUAUCCCGGUACAGGAACAGAGCAUAUCCUACCAGAACCGAGACCUGACCAACCAAAAGGCGACCAUGCUGGAGUUAGGCGUCGGCGAUCAUGCAAUGUUACUACUGCGAAAGAAGGUUCAAAUCGCGGGCAGGGAAGCUGCAAUGGAUUCAGAGAUGAUGCGCUUACAACUCCUUGGCGACCCAGCUCUCAUGCAACAAUUACAGGAGGUGUGCCUCGUUCUCUUUAGACAAUUAUUUGAGCCUGUACUCAUCUCUCGUUUGUAUGGUCAGACAAACCCUGAAAUCGCCGCCGCUGCUCGAAACGAUCCUGCCCGUUUCGCUGAACUGCUGAGACAAACGCGAGCGCGACACAUCGAUACCGACGCAGAGAUCGCGCGUUUGAAUGCAGACCCUUUCAAUAUUGAGGCUCAAACGAGGAUCGAGGAAGCGAUCAGGCAGCAAGCUGUGUUGGAAAAUAUGGAACAUGCCUUGGAGUAUUCGCCUGAGUCGUUUGGAAGGGUUACUAUGCUCUAUAUUCCUGUAGAGGUCAACGGACAUCCUAUCAAGGCCUUCGUAGACAGUGGUGCCCAACAAACCAUCAUGAGUCCGGACUGUGCAGAGGCAUGCGGUCUCAUGCGCCUAGUGGACAAACGAUUCUCUGGUAUCGCAAAAGGUGUAGGCACAGCGAAUAUUCUAGGGCGGAUUCACUCAGCACCAAUGAAAGUGGCUGAUCUGCAUCUUCCAUGUUCUUUCACAAUCAUGGAGGGCCGAGACGUUGACCUACUCUUUGGUUUGGACAUGUUGAAGGCACAUCAAGCAUGUAUCGACCUCGAGAAGAAUGUUCUUCGAAUACAAGGUCGGGAAGUCAGUUUCCUUGCAGAACACGAGCUUCCGGAGAAGGCUCGGCAUAUGGACGCAGGCACACUUGAAGAGGCGUCCAAUCCGCAAGCAGGGCCCUCCUCGAGUGGUGCCUCUUCAGCGCCGCAACAACAGCACUUCCCAGGCUCGGGUCACACGCUUGGCUCGACACCUGCACCGGGCAUAGGACGAGGUGCACCCGCGGCAGGUGCAGCUGUCGCUCAGUCGAGAUACCCAGAACAGGCAAUCAAUACGCUCAUGGGACUAGGUGUAUCAAGAGAGGUGGCAAUCAGUACAUUGGAGGCCGCCGGUGGUAAUGUCGAUGUUGCAGCCUCAUUGUUGUUCUGAUUCAAUUCAUUCAUCGGACAUAAGUGUAUAGCAAAGAAACUGAAUUGAGUCUAUUGUACAAUACUGAUACAUCCAUAAGAAUACACAUUACACUGAUAUCCACCGUA